AUGACAAAACUCUUUGCUACUUUAAUAGAAAAGGGAAUAUUAGACAAAAAUCUCCAUUACGGCGCAUAUUCGCGAUAUUGGUGGCAACUUUCUAAUACAGGAAAAAAAAAAAAUACAUAUUUCCCAAUUCGACUUGGGCAAAAAGCUAAAAUAAUUUUGAACGAAUGUGAUUUUUUUAUAACGGUUAUUAUUAACUACUCUGAAAAUUCUUUUUUACCUAGGUUUUAUUGUGAAAGCGGUUCUUUUUCUAGUAUAAAACUAGAUCCAACAUCAGCAAUUUCUACAGUAUAUAAAGAGAUCUUCGAUAAUCAAACCCGUUAUUCCGGAUUUUUGGCACUUGGAUGGACAAAUGAAUCAAUAAUUGAAGAGCUAUUAUUAGAUGUAUCAUUUGUUCCUAUAUCUUUUUCACUUAGCAAAUACAAAAUUUUUCUUUUUGGCAUCGGGUCUUCUUCAAACUCUGAAUGGAAUCAUGGUGGACCGGGAUAUAAGUCUUCUCUUAUACGUAAUAUAAAUGGAACAAACUUUUUAUACAUUUCAACAAUAGAAGAUGAUUUUUGUGUGGUUGAAGUUCAUAAGAAUUUUGAAAUUAAAAACCGGAUCGAGGGUUCAUCUCCAAAUAAGGUGUGGCAAAAAUUAAAUAUUCAAAAAUAUACAGGCAUUCAACUUUUUGGACUUGACAAUCCUGAGGUUCAAUUACUAAUUCGUCAACAUCAUGUUCCUACCUGUUUACUGAAAAACUGGUCUAAUUAUGAGCUUAUGAAGUCUCUCUUCGAUUAUCAUUUAAAGCGAAGAACGCUUGCAGUUAUAAAUUGGCAUAGUUUAUUUCUAAAUUGGCAUGAAAGUCAAACUAACAUUAUUGAGUUUUAUUCAAGCCUAGAAGAUAUUUACCCCCCGAAUUAUCAAUUUAAUGAUCGUGAAAUAGGUGCUUGGCGUGCAAUGCUUCGUGCGAGUGGUUGCCAUGAUAUUACUCCAUGGACGUCUGAAGAAUCAAAG